UCUAGUUUAUUGAGAUUCCACUAGCAAUAUCUUUAGUUUUAGCUUCUCUAUCGAAGCAGUAACUUCAGUAUUUUUUAUCUUGCUAUAUAGGACCUCUUUAGCCGGAUUACACAAAACGCUGUUUAGUCCUAUUCGGCGUCUCUACUCGAAUUUCGCAAGCUCCUGUGAAGGAUCUGAAAAGUGCUUCACAUACGAAAACCAUGCUGCUGUGUUAUUCUGUCCUGUUCAUCGUCAUAUGGCACGUACAGCUAAGCCAAGCCAGUGAGCAGUGCCGUCGCUCCACAUAUUCAGAGUAUGGUCACCAUCUUUCCGGUCACGUUGUUUCAACUCAAAAAACUUCCACUAUUAGUGAGUGUGUGAUGAUCUGUUCGAGCGAGUCUCGCUGCAAGAGUUUGAACUUCCGUAUAAAAGAUAAGUCAUGUGAUUUGAAUGAUGCAAACAAACAUGCUCACCCAAGCGAUUUUGGUCCGAAGGAAGGAUCAGUUUAUAUGAAUAAGGUUGAUGAAUUCAAGUCUUGCUCGGAAAUUCUCAAUAAGUGGCCUAAUGCGGAAAGCGGCUACUACUGGAUAGAUAUUGGGAGUAGAAAGGAAGACGUCUACUGUGAUAUGGAAAAACAUGGCGGUGGAUGGACCUUAGUUGCGGGUAUCAGCUCAAAAAACAACGAUCAUCUUCAAAGCGUAUCCAAUAACUGCAUCAACGACUCGCUGUGUGUUCCCUUUACUGACCAGGAUCAAGGUAGAAAACUGAGCGACAGUGACAUACAUGAGUUAGCUAGGACAGAAGGGACCUUUAGGGUCGAUGUGCUAAAAA